UUUUUAUUUAGUAACAUUUCCAAAACAAGCAACGUCAACAACGUAAAAUGAAUGAGUCUGAGAUUCCCAUAGACAUCCACACGCUAAAGCUGCAGGAUUGGUUAAUUAGCAGACGGAUCGUGCCAAAGAAUAUACAGGCACCCAUUAAGGAUAUACAUUCAAAGAUCAGCAAUGCCCUGCAAGAUAUGCCAGCCAACGAUCAACUUAUUAAACUGCUCUCGGGAUCUAACAUAAACUAUCUGCACGUCAAGGAGAUUAUCGAGAUUCUGAAGCAGACUGAGAAGGAUACGAAAAGCGUUUUCGGCACCUACGGCAGCCAGCGUAUGAAAGACUGGCAGGAAGUCUGUCGCCUCUAUGAAAAGAACGCAACGUAUCUGGCUGAAACCUCUCAGAUAUUUGUACGUAAUGUAAACUAUGAAAUUCCUGGAGUGCGUAAGCAAAUGAUCAAGAUGGAGCAGCAAACCGAUGAGUGCUUAAAGCGAGCCCAUGACCUUCAAAAGCCAGAGGCUCAACUGCUGGCCGAGCACGCUGCUUUACUGGAGCAGCUGGGCGUCAAGGGGGAAAAUCUUCAUGCCGAGUUCAUUGAAGUACUCGCAGGCUUGCCAGAACUGUACACUAAAUCCUUGCAGGACAUUGGUAGAAUACAAUCGGGCAUCGACUUGUAUGCAGAGAUUAGCGGACAAAGUCAAUGCUUGCCCAUACUACGUCAUUUAGUUGAGCACGGAAACACUACAGUCUAUCAGUAUAUACACAAGGAAGCGCCACUUGCUAUCGAGGAGCCAGAACUAAGACUCAACUUAACCGGAUCCCACUCACCUAAGGAGAACGACGGCAACGAAAUCGAUUUUGGAACUGAUGAUAACGGCGGCACAUCUUCAACAGUCUCGGCUGAAAUAAUUGACUACGGCGAUUUCCAAGAAACCGAUGGAGGCAACAUUGAUUGGGGCAUUGAAAGUGCACCUACGGAUGCAGUGGAAAUUAAUUUCGAUAUUCCAGUGGAGGAGUACGGCAUCGUUGUCGAGGGCACCGGCAUGGACGGCGGAACUGCGAAAGGUGAUCAGGCGUAUACGCUGUUGGACUCACCCAGCUAUCGGGACCGUUUCCUGGACGAAAUCUACGAGCUGGAGGCAUUCCUGCGAAUGCGUCUCUAUGAACUAAACCAUUUGGAGUCUUCCAGCAAUAUUAUGUUCUCACUGAUGGACAACAUUGCCACCCAUGACAGCGAGAGUAUAAGCAAAAUAUUGGCCGAUGUCGAGAAGAUCAUUCAACAGAGCUCAGAUGAACAGACGCGCCAUCUCUUCCAACUGAAGCAUUCCCCCAAAUAUGCCGAUCUGCUGGCCAGCAAACUGCAGCAGAUGACCAAAGCCGUGGAGAAGGUACGCGCAACUCAAGAAUUGAUGAAGAAACGUGCCGUCGAGCUGCGGGAGCAACGUCAACAAUUGAAUCCCGUUUUGGAAGAGCUGAUUGCCCAAACUCGGACAUUGCAAACAUAUAUUGAAAAGGAUAUUUCCAAGCGCUAUAAAAACCGCAUUGUUAAUCUUAUAGGUGGCGUUAACUAAAUGUUAGUUUAUAUCAAAUGAUUGUGUCAUCUGAUUUUAUAUGGAAAAGUGCAAAUAAAUUGUUGAAAAUAUGGUUCAGAUAAUGAAAUGAAA